AUGGCGACACUUUUCAGCCCAAAGUUCAGAAUGUGGGAAAAAUACCUGGAUGGCUUCAACGAGCGGUACCCUGAAAAGAAAGCGGCCAUGAUCGAUAGAUUCACGUAUAACUACGACGACCCAGCUCUGUUAUGGAUGUUCCAUGCGGGAACGAGCAACCCCAGUACAGAGGAACUGGCGACGAACUUGCAGAGUGCUCUGAUCACCAAAUGGAUCGCUGAAAAGAAGGAUCCAACGGACCUAAAGCUGAAGCUUAACUGUGUGCCAACCUCCGACGAAAUGAUCGAGCGAUACGUCAAGGCAUUGUCGAAAAACACGAACUGA